GCAGCGGCGGCGUGCGCGCGGCUGAUUGCUGCCCGCGCCCGAGAAUUACUGCCGUUCCGUGCAAAACUGCUCAAAUACACCUCGCGGGCAGCCUCUGCUUGGCCACGGGCAUCAUGGCUGAUUCAGAUGAUGAAAGCUCUGUGGCUUCAGAGGACUGGCACCACGAAUUUGACGACUAUCACAGCCAGGCGGCCGCAGACAUCUACAAGAUGAUCUAUAAGUCGUGGCCGAAGCGCGGUCACUCCUGGAACCGUGAUAGACACGUUCAGUUCUACGCCGCCGUGAGUUCCAUGCUCCGACACCUGCCGGACCAGACCACAAGUCAGCUGGACUUCCUCGACGGAUUGGCCGAGAAAAUUAAUGCCCACCGCGCCUACCUGAGGCAGCAGCUGUCGCCGCGGCCGCGGCGCCGCGGGACAUCUGCUUGGGGCCGUGUGGGCCCGGUGACAGACCCGCUGCGACGCAUCCUGCGGGAGUACUGCUUCGCGGACGCGCGCGCGUCCGCGCGCGCAACCUGCCGCGCCUGGCGAGAGACUGCACCGUCGUCGUAUGUUUCGUUGCUCUUGGCGGUGGCCCCGCUGUCUGGCGAGCCCGGCGGCAUCCUGGUCAGAGCCCUGGACGAGUUGGAGGACGUUUCCAUGAAACAGCUAUCACAUUUGGUAUUGGUGGCGCAACCAAUUGCGUCGCAGUACGCAAAAACCACGGGCGACAUUCGCAUCGCCGCGGCGGCGUUCCGCCUGCUGCGUCUUUGUCCGUUGGCGACCGGCGUAGCGGAGGCAGCGGUUCGGAUAUUUUCAGAGGAGUGGCGUUGGUCAGACCCGGCGGACAAUGAACUACUAGACUGGGACGUUUUGUUUGGGGAGCGGGACGUCCAGCGCUGCGUCGCGUACUCGGCGGGGAUGAUCCUGAGGGAAAACCCGACGCUGGUCAUGGAGCACUUCUCCGAGCUCGCAGAAGCCUCGAGAGUCGAGAACUACUAUGACCGCAACAAGUCCGUCGGCGCGAGCGUCGAAAGCAUCUUCUUGCACACGAUGCCCACGGCGCGCGUGAACGACGCGACGGCGGCGACGUGGAUACCGCGCGCGUCGGACACGGACCUGCCCGGGAUGGCGCGCAUGUUCGCCUGGCGCGUGCUGCGGUGGAUGCCCUUGGCCGAGCAGCUGCUCGCGCUGCCUGCCAUCGUCGCAGAUGUCGGGACGGAUCAAGCGGCAGCCAGCGAGGCCGUCGAGAUUUUCCUGGCCGUUGGUGGGGCGGCGGAGCCGUACGCCAGUCAGAUCGUGCCCGCGAUGGCUGCUAGCAUAGAAUCGGACCUCACCGGUCGGGAGCGCUACGUGAAGUUGCUGGGCCGGCUCGGCGCCUGGCAGGGGCCGGAAGCGCUAGAUAUCUCCUCGCUCAUCGACCUCGCCGACGAAAAGGUGGAGGCGUCGUGGAAGACGCGCGCCGUCGCGGAGCGCGUCCUGGAAGAUGUCGCGCGUGGAACGUCGGCACACAAGGCUAUGUAUCUGUUGAAUGAACUGCUCGGGAAUCGGAUACCUCACCGUAUCGUGUCGAACUGCAAUACCUUGAUCGAGCUCGCAUGCUCGCGCCUCGAGCCGGAACAUGUUUCCGCGUGCGUGACGGCCGCGGUCGGAUGGGCGUUAGGUAACGGUUAUGCGGACCGCGCAAAUUGGAUAUCGCGGCGGAAUCUCGACGUCAUCAAGGCCUUGGUGCAUGGCGAAGAAAGCGGCCUGCCUUCGGCCAUAAAGCAGGCCUUCACGAACGGGCUCGAUAGCUUCGUCGAGAGGUUCGCGGCCGUUUCGCUGCGCUGGGGCUUGGCGACGGAACCGACGCUGCUCAUCUACAAUUCGCUCCUGUCGCAUCUGUCGCUAGAUCACGUGCGCCGCGCGACCGAACUGGUGCUCAACGCUUACCGGGAAAACCCACGUACCACCGACGAUCCCUUCGCGCCUGCAGACGUAUCGGAGUUCGAGCCCUUUGCGGCCUACGGUGGGCGCCGGCCGGGCAUGGUCUUUAGGCGGGGCGACCGCGGCCAGGGCUACUACCGGGACAGCCCCCGCAACGAAGCCUCGGACGCGCUCAUGACCAACAUUCUCGCUGCGUGGGUCGAGGGCAGGCGCUACGGCAUGUCCCCCUUACCGAACAGCGCAGCCCGGGGCGACGUCUCUGCCGUGGUUAUUUGUGCCUGCAUGGAGGACCUCCGGGCUCGCGGACCCACGCCGUUGCUGGGGACCGUCUUCUACGCGUACGCAAGCUCGGCCGUCUUCUACGCGUACGCGCGCUCGGGUCUUGCCGCCACUUUUGUGGCCGGACGCACCGUCGCUGAUCCGAUCGGGUUCGCCAACAGCCUGCUUCCGUUCGUGAGGGAGCCGCUCCCGGCACGGCUCGUCGCGCCCCCGCUGUCGGCUCUGCGCACAAUGGACGUCAGCGUGCCCAACGCUGCCGCCAAAAUCACAGAGCAGCGCGCUCGCGAUGCGCCAGUGACGCGCCGGUCGAACGAGGCUCGACGGAAGUUCCGAAUGGAUAUAAUUCGUGCCUAUGGCCGGUGCUGCGCCGCCUCGGACGUCGCUGAACUCGCGAGUCUGCUCGACGAUCAAUCGCUGUAUCCAAUUCCCGAUGGCACGUUGGUCUCGAUCGGCAGCGUCGCCGCGGUCGCGUUGCUCGAAUGCGUGAUACUCCGGCCCGGCGCGGGCGCAAACCUGGACGCAUCGGCGAGCGCGCGGUUUCUGCGGGCACUGCGCGGCCGCCGCCUAGUUCCGUUCGCCGCACUCUCGGCGGAGAAGUACUGGUACGCCCGCUCCGAAGACGACGUCUGCUUUGACGUCGCGUUGCUCUUCGCACAAGAUCUUAAUCGGAGCGUGCGGGACGAGGGAUAUGCCAUAUUCAAGCGCUCGCAGCGCUCGUACCUGUCGCGGCGAACCGUUGAGGCCGUCGGCCUGUUGGCCACGUCGCUGCGCGAGGAGGUGCGGGAGAUCGCGUGCCGGAUGAUCAAGCAAUGCUUCAAGAAUCCCUCCAAGUACUUCGGGAGUUGCGAGGAAGCGCGGGACCUCGCGUACAAGCGCAUCGAGCCGCUGCUCGGCGACGCGACGUUACCGCCGACGUAUCCGACCGAAACCUUGUACGAGUACUUUGGUGACCCUUAUCCCAGCUUGGUGUACACGGAACGAGACAUGUUUGCCGAUGCGAUCGCUGUACGUAUCGCCGCCGUCGAGGCCGCGUGCUUUGCCUCCGGCUGGCAACCCACGUGCGUUGCCUCCCGGCGGCGGCGCAAUAGAUGCCUCAGGGCCGUCGUGGACGUGAUGCGCUACGACCCCGUCGAGGCCGUUCGUGAUGCCGCGGCGGAUGGGCUGCGGUACACGCACGGCGGAUUAUGGCUUCGCUAUAUCAAUCCCCGGCAGCCGAUGAUGGACGCGUUCGUCGUGGUGAAGCGGAAGCGUCGCCGCCGUGUGUAAGUCCGCUCUGUGAGCUAGCGUUGCA